CUCUGACUGAACAAAUGUCUAGGGAGAGCUUUCCAUGCGAUUAGCGCCUUGGCCCUGUGACGACGAGAGCCCAGCCCAGAUACUCCGUACCUUACCUUAAGACAGCCUGAAGCGAGACAGCUUCAAACUCUAGCCACCACUUCCAUACAAGCAACACCAAGCCUGCCCGUAUCAUCAAAUAUUGCCUAUCGAAAUGUCGGGAGCUAAUGAUCGCGAGGCCGUCUUCCCAACCCGGCAAUCGCUGGGCAUCAUGAAGGCAAAGCUCAAAGGAGCAGAGACGGGCCAUAGUUUAUUGAAGAGAAAGAGUGAAGCUUUGACAAAACGAUUUCGAGAGAUUACAAGGCGAAUCGAUGAGGCCAAGCGAAAAAUGGGACGAGUAAUGCAGAUUGCAGCUUUCUCACUGGCAGAAGUGACAUAUGCCGUUGGUGGUGACAUUGGCUACCAAGUGCAGGAAUCCGCCAAGUCUGCUCGAUUCCGCGUCCGUACGAAACAAGACAACGUAUCCGGUGUUCUUCUUCCGGCUUUCGAAAGCUACCUUACCGAAGGCAACAAUGACUUCGGUCUGACGGGCUUAGGCAAGGGAGGACAGCAGGUUCAGCGAUGCAGGGAAACAUAUGCCCGUGCCGUUGAGGCGCUGGUUGAGCUGGCUAGCCUACAGACCGCGUUUGUCAUCCUCGACGAGGUCAUCAAAGUGGUCAAUCGGCGUGUCAACGCGAUUGAGCAUGUCAUCAUUCCCAGGACCGAGAACACUAUCAAAUACAUCAACUCUGAGCUUGACGAGCUCGAUCGUGAGGAGUUCUACAGACUGAAGAAGGUUGCGAACAAGAAACAGCGAGACACUGCUGCAGCAGAUGCCGAGAUGAAGGCAAGGCGUGAGGCGGAAGCCUCCGCGCAGGGCGGAGACAAGUCCCAGAAAGACAAUUCGACACCUACAGAUGUUCUAGGCGCCGGCGACGACGAAGACGUAAUUUUUUGAAAGGACAGGAACCGUGUUUAAGGUUUGCGACAAACAGGUGGUCAUAUUACAAUACUGUAGUGCGGGAAUAGCUCGAUGCGUGU